UUUCGACCCAUUAGCCCAAAUAAAGGUUGCACUUUCCACCACCAGAUUGAGAGAAACAGAGCUCCACCACCACCGCCUGUUGCACCGGCGCCGCCAUUAAUGGAUUUCUCCGCUCUGAAUGAAGCACUCGCGUUCAAGUCUUACGACAAGGUCGCAGACAUAUGUGACACUCUCAUGUUCCAGGCUGCAUCUGAGGGCGUCUCGUAUCAGGAAGAUUGGCCUUACGCCAUUCAUCUAAUCGGUCACAUCUACGUCAAUGACAUUAAUAGCGCAAGGUUCUUGUGGAAGAAGAUACCUUUAGCAGUGAAAGAGAGCCAGCCAGAAGUAUCAGCUGCGUGGAAAAUUGGGCAGAGGCUGUGGAUCAAGGAUUAUGCUAGUGUUCAUGAGGCUAUUCGUGAGUUUAUCUGGAGUCCACAGUGUCAGGGAAUCAUGGCAGCUUUCUCUGAAAUGUACACCAAAAGGAUGUUUGAACUUCUACAAUCUGCUUAUUCAACCAUAAGCAUUCAAGAUACUGCACUUUUCCUUGGAAUGAGUGAAGAGGACGCAACAAAUUAUGUACUGCAACACGGCUGGACUGUGGAUCCUGCAUCCCGGAUGCUCACCGUGAAGAAGCAGGCCGUCGUGACUGAACAGAAACUGGAUCAUAGUAAAUUACAGCGGCUGACUGAGUACGUUUUUCACCUCGAGCACUGAUACACCAAGUCAGGAUGCAUAUCCGAGCUGUUCAUAUGUCUUCCUUUAUUCGACAUAGAUGUUUUAGCAUCUCUUCCAUGGACGAUCUUCUGUCGUUUUGUAAUCUUAUAAAAUAUUCACUGGUUGAUGAUAUCAGAAUAUUUGUAGUUAACUAAUUUGGGUAUUUAGAUUAGUUAAUUGCCA